AUGUCAUUGCAACCAGAUAUCAAUGCCCUGCUGCACAACAUGCGUGCGCAGAUUCAGGCGUUGACCACUCAACUCGCCGAGCUGCAGGCAAAUCCCCCUGCGGCAAACCCCUCGGUAGAGAAAAAGUUCAACAAGAAAGUCGAAGUCGUCGCUGACCCUGGCACCUCCAAAGGAGACAGAGCACGAUUUGCCAAAUGCCACUGCGGUGCUAUCUCGACUAAAGGACCUGUGGCAGGUCGAUACACCCAAGUAAGGCUUCAGGAGUGCUACACCGCGGGAGUGUGGCCCACCUGGGACAAUCUCAAAGUAGAGAUCAAAAAAUAUUUCAAACUGCAAGCUGAGCGUGACUGGGCGUGUCAGCAAAUCUGUUCCUUCAAACAAGGCAACAUGAGGACAGAUGAUUUUGUAACCCGGUUCCUGGCCCUCUCCAUCCAAGGGGGUCUUGGUAAUGACCAUGCAGUAGAGCUGCUGGAAUGCAAUGUGAACCCCCACAUUGCAGAACAGCUUUAUCUGCAGGAUAUGAGAAACGAGAACCUCUCUCAAGCAGCAGAGGAGGUUCCAAAAAUAGGUAGGGCCAUAGAGCUCUACAAAAUGCACCAAGGUGGCGAGACCACCAAAAACAACCAAUCCCAGAGGCGCCCUGGCCAGGAUAGGGUGCCCCUAUGGAUAUUGGCGCGGUCCAAGGCGGACAGAUGCACAGAUUCAAGGGCAACUGUUACAACUGUGGCCAAGAGGGACACAUGUCCCGAGAUUGCAGAAACGGGGUGCAGGCCGCUCAACAAAAAAAUUAAUCAAGGGCGCCAGGUGCGCCAAUUAGAAACCAAAAAACCGAACGAUCGGCUCAGCUCUUUGGCCGGUCGUUCAUACAACAAAAUCUGGGCCUUUUUCUAUGACCAACAGGUCAAUGAGAUGAAGGCUCAGGGAAAAGAGUUCGGAGCUUAG